AUGGGUACAGAUCUAAAUCAAUCAAAAGAAAGUCAUAUACAUCCAAUGGAUGUUCAAAUGGCAGCAUUUCGCUGCUCCGACAGCUUCCUUAAACAGAAAAUGAUUACGAAGUUGUCUCAGUGUCAGUAUGCCUUGCCAUUGCUUAUCCCUGAUCCUGGCACAACAAAUAUUGAGUUUCCGCUGUGGACGUUCAGAAAGAUAACAAAAACUUGGAAAAUAGACAAUAAAUCCACUGUCACAAUGAAGAGCAUGCCAAUCUACAAAGCUCAGACUCCCAUGGUUUCCUUUUUCCGACUGGGCUCCAUGUCCUUUUCCAAGUCCCAGCUCAUGAAUGCCUUGAUCAACGACCGCCACCACACAUUCUUCCAUAGAAACUGUCCAGGCAGCACCAAAUCUCGUUAUUUGAUGGAUGGUGUGGCAGAGAUUGCCUGGUACUGCCCUGCUGGAAAACCCAAUGAUUUCUUUACUGACUGCAUUGCCUUCUGUAAUCUUCAUGGGGAUUCACUAAAAAAUGUAAAGCAGCGUGAAAUAUUGACUGAAAAUUCCUCAGUCAUUGUGGUUCUGGUAGAAACUUUGAAAGAAGGCCAGGAAAGUAGUGAAAUCAUUUCAGAGCUUUACAUGUCUCCAAAGCCUCUGAUUAUUCUCAGUGCUGACAAUGACUCAAAUGUAGCUGAGAUAGAAAAUCAAAAAUACAAACUGGGUCUGAAAGAAAGAAGCCAGUCGGAUGUUUCUGAAGAACUGAAAGAAACCAUACAAACCAUUUUGGCUGGACCUCACACAACCUUUCAGCUAGAAACUAUGGCUAGAGUCUCAGGAGUCCUAGUGGAUGAAGAUGCAGAGGUUUGCAAGAAUGGGAAAGAGGCUGCCAUGAAACUAGUUAAACAGAUUGAAAUGGAGAAUGUUUCUGAAAUAAAAGAUAAAUUUCUUCCCUGUCAAGGCCAGCUUUGGUAUGAUUGGUGCAAAAUCAAUAAAGAAUUACAUUAUCUAAAGGGAGACAUUGAGAAAGAAAAGGAUCAGAAAAAUCAGCAGCUGAUGAAGCUACGAAAGAGGCAGUGUAAAAUGUACAAUAGAGAACUGAUGAAGUCAUUCACUGUGAGCCUCCAGAUUUUUCAACCAGAAGACAAGGAAUAUUUCUUAAAAUGGACUCAGAUCCUGUUAGAUUCUCUCUCUACAGAUGACAAAUCUGCCGAAUUAAAUAACAAACAAGCUCAGCUUAAUAAGUUAUCAAAAAAGCUCCAAUCAGCAACUUUUGGUUUGGAACACAUCUUCAGAGAAAUGGGGCAGAUCUAUGAAGCCCAUAAAUCUAUCAAAAAAUCAUCACUUGGCCAAUGCACUGAAUGGACUAAAUACCCUGAGCUGGCUGCAGAUAUGAUGAUAAAAGGACACCCAAUGGAACUGAUGGAUGGUGAUGCUGGCCACGUGCCUUUAAUAUGGGUCUCCAGUCUUAUACAGGAAGUCAUCAAGAAACUGGGUGACCGGAAAGUCUUUGUGCUGUCAGUUCUAGGCGUACAAAGCAGUGGAAAGUCAACAAUGCUGAAUGCCAUGUUUGGAUUGCAGUUUGCAGUGAGUGCUGGGAGGUGCACCAAAGGUGCUUACAUGCAGCUGGUUAAACUGUCAGAUGAAAUCCAGAAAGACUACAAGUUUGACUAUAUUCUAGUUGUUGACACUGAAGGACUGCGUGCUCUUGAGUUAGCAGGCAACAACACCCUUCAUCAUGACAAUGAACUUGCAACAUUUGUUGUUGGUCUGGGAAACAUGACCUUAAUAAACAUCUUUGGUGAGAAUCCAGCUGAGAUGCAAGAUAUCCUGCAGAUAGUUGUGCAAGCUUUCAUGAGGAUGAAGAAAGUCAAGCUUUCUCCAAGUUGUAUGUUUGUUCACCAGAAUGUCACAGAUAUUGCAGCAACAGAGAAAAACAUGGAUGGAAGAAGACGCCUGCAGGAAACACUGGACAAGAUGGCUCAACUAGCUGCCAAAGAGGAGGGGUGUGAUGUUGAGUGCUUCAGUGAUGUCAUCGCAUUUGAUGUGCAAAAAGAUGUGAAAUACUUUGCUCAGCUGUGGGAGGGAAGUCCACCAAUGGCUCCUCCAAAUCCAGGGUAUAGUGAGAGUGUCCAAGAACUGAAGACCAUCAUCCUCUCUAAGGCUAAACCUUCUGAUGGGAUCCUUUUGUCACAUUUCAAUACCAAGAUUCGGGACUUGUGGAAUGCCUUGAUGAAUGAAAACUUUGUUUUUAGCUUCAAAAACACCCAAGAAAUUGCAGUUUACAGAAAGCUGGAGGUCCAAUAUGGAAACUGGACUUGGACCCUGAGGAGUGAAAUGCUGAACAUUGAAAACCAACUUUAUCCCAAGAUUGAAAAGGGGCAGCUGGACAAAGUUGAGCUAAGUGACCUUUACAAAGAAAUUAGCAAAACUUACAAAGCAGUAAAAGACAGUUUAGAAGCUUACUUUGAUGAUGAAAAAGACAAAGAAAUUCUGGUUCAGUGGCGGGGACGAUUUGAGAACAAAAUCAGAGAGUUUUAUGAGGAACUCGUGAAAGGCAUGAAAAGAAAACUGGAUGAGGUUAUUCAGCAGAAAACUGCUCGAAAACAGCUUGACAAUAAGAAAACUGAUUUUGAAAACAAGCUCUUCCAGAAGAGUAAAGAACUCGCUACACAAUUAAAAUCUUCAGCAAAAGAUGAAAACGAAUUAGAACAACAUUUUAACACUGUCUGGAGUAAAUGGGUAGAGGAAUUAAACCCAGAUGCAAAACCAGUUGAGGAUAUAAACUUUAAGGAAGAUGAGUUUAAGGUCCUCAAUGAAUUUGGGCUGGUGGAUAACCUCCACACCUCCGGCAUCUUUCCCGCUGCCAUCCAUUUCCUCGUCUGUGUCGCCUACCAGCCCAUCUUUCCCCCGCGCAGCAGGCACUCGGUGUGA